AUGACAGGCUUUGACGGUGCUGCGGGAAUGCGCGCUAUGGCAGCCAGCAGCAGCAGCAGCAGCAGCAGCAGCAGCAACCGUCCCUUGGGGCAGCGCUUUUACUGGGACGUUGAAACAGACGAAAUAACCUUUGCCGACGACAGUAGCAGCAGCAGCAGCAGCAACAGCAGCAGCAGCAGCAGCAGUAACAUGCUUGCUUCAGGAGAGUUUACGCAGAUAGUGCAGCGAGAGGCAGAGGACCCGCUUUCUCUCCCCUUAGUUGGAGGCAUCGUCGAGAGGACGCCCCUGAGCAGCAGCAGCAGCAGCAGCAGCAGCAGCAGCAGCAGAGUUAGCAAGUUUGCUGCCAGCUUGACGCAUGCUCCUUUUCCAAAGGCAGUCCACCGCAGUCUGCUGCAUCAGCAGCAGCAGACAACCACUGGAGCUGCAGCGCCUCCAGGGGCAGCAGCAGCAACAGCAGCCGCAGGGGCAGGGUCUGUCGGUGCUGCAGAGGACCCGGAAGCAGCAGCAGCAGCAGCAGUAGCAGCAAAAGUAGCUGCAGAAGCAAGAACUGCGUUUGUAUUUGAUUCGCGUGAGGCAGCAAAACUGAGGUGGACUGACCCACUGCCGCCAGAGGAUCCUGCUGCUGCUGCUGCUGAAGCUGCUGCUGCUGCACUGCAGCAGAAGGAGGAGAAGCAGCAGCAGCAGUAUGCUGCUGCUGCAGGCUUUCCCCUCGUGCAGCAGCAGCAGCAGCAGCUGGCCUCCCUUCGCUUCGAUUUUAAUGGGCGGCUCCGUACAGAUACCUGGGGACUGCAAGCAGCAGCUGCUGCAGUUGUCUCCUUUUGGCAGCAGCUGCUGCUGCCAAAAGGAGACAGCAAGCGUACGGAUGCCUCAGCAGCAGCAGCAGGAGGAGCAGCAGCACUGACUGCUGCUGCUGCUGCUGCAGCGGAAGAUGUAGGCGUGGGGGCAUGGCUGACACCUGCUGCUGCUGCAGCUGUAGCAACAGCAGCAGAGGCAGCAGCAGCAGCAGCAGCAGAUCCUCUCGCGCAUUACAGAGGCCUCCAUCACCAUGGGCAGCAGCCAGAGGCAGCAGGAUAUACACUCGAAGAAUUGCUGCUGCUAGCACACAGCGCUGCAGCAGCACAGAGGGCCUUAGCUGUACGCACGCUGUCGCAGCUGCUCCUCGCAGCGAGAGCUUUCUGCUGCCUCCCCAGCAGCAACCCCUCAGCAGCAGCAGCAACAGCAGCAGCAGCAGCAACAGGAAGGGUCAAAACGGGGCGGGAGGCAUUUGCUGCUUUCCGGCAGCUCUUGUCCCCCCUUCUGUACCAGCAGCAGCAACUGCAGCAGCAGCAGCAGCAGCAGCAGCAGCAGCAGCAGCAGGUGGCGCUGCGUGCUGGGUUUGGGUUUGGCUUGGGGCGUUUUCUUCGUUUUUUGCUGCUCGAUCAGCAGCUGCUGUUCCGCUUGUGUGGCUGCCUGAUGGCGGAGUCUGCUGCUGUUGCUGCUGCUGCAGCAGCAGGCCUCGCGAACCUGCUGCUGCCUGUACACCCCACGCGGCGCCUAGGUCCUCUGCAGCAGCAGAGGUUGCUGCAGCUGCAGCAGCAGGAGGAACAAGCCGCCCCUGAUGCUGCUGCUGCUGCUGUGCUGCACCUCUCAGCAGCAAACACCACCCUCUGCUGUGUUGUGGCGAGGCCCUACCGCAUAUACCUUCAGCAGCAAAGCAAGACAAGAACAUCAGAAGCAGCAGCAGCAGCAGCAGAAGAGGGUGCUGCUACAGGUGUGUGCAGCUGCUUGCUCGGCGUUUUAUCAGACUCUGUUGCUGCUGACGAAGAACCUUCUCUCUUUCCUUUAGGGGGUUUAGAUCUCUUGGGGUGUACGUACACCCCAAACCCUCCUUGGCCUGCUGCUGGAGGAGCAGCAGCAGCAGAUUCUCGCGUUUGUUUGGGGCCCGGCAGCGCCUGGGCUGCUCUUGCUGCUCGCUGGAACGACCUCUUGCCGCAGCAGGAGCAGGAGCAGCAGCAGCAGCAGCAGCAGCAGCAGCAGCAGCAGAACUACCUGGAUACGCCGCUGGGGGAUUCAUUUGGAAGACACCCGCAUGCAGCAGCAGCAGACUUCGCUUUGGUGCUGCCACGUGUUGCUGUGCUGCUGCAGCGGUGCUGGGGGGUUGCUGAAGAGGAGCAGCAGCUGCUGCGGCUCCUGUGCGGCAUCUGCACGGGGGGCCCCCAGCAGGUGCAGCAGCUGCUGCAGCAACAGGAUCUGGUGCAGCGGCUGCUGCUCCUUGCAGACAGUCUGCUGCUAGGAAGUGACGCACGCCAAAGGCGGCGUGCUGCUGCUGCUAAGCAGCUGCUGCCUGCAGCAGAAGCUCUCCUUAAAGGCAGCAGCAGCAAGAACAGCAGCGGCAGCAGCAGCAACAGCAGUAGCACUUCAUCUGCAGAAGAACCGCAGGACUACGAUAUAAGAGAGCAGCGCCUUCUGCUGCAGCUUCUGCUGCUGCUGCGCAUUUGUGCAGCACGCGUAGACAGCCUGCAGCAGCUGCUGCCGCUCUUUGGCCCUCUAGAGAUCUUUGGCAGCAGCGAAAUAGACGACAGCAGCAGCAGCAGCAGCAGCAGCAGCAGCAGCAGUGUUUUGGGUUUGGUGCUGCAGUCUUUGAUGGCAGCUGUUGAGCAGCCUGAGCUGCAAUUCCUGCAACUGCAGCAGCCGCAGCAGCAGCAGCAGCAGCAGCAGCAGCAAGGGAAGGAUGGCUUAGGACUGUCUCCUGUCUCUCACGUCCUGCGUGUUGCUGCUGCAGCUGCUGCAGCAAGGCUGCUGCGGCUGCUGCAGCACCGAGGCAGCUGUGAUGUGCCGCUGCUGCCGUUGCUGCCAGCAUUUGCUGCUCAUAUACGGGGCUUCUCUGCGCAGCUGCAGCUGCUGCAAGGCCACCUGCUGCUGCAGCAGCAGGGCGCACCCUCAGGAGGAGGAGCAGCAGCAGCAGCAGACGGGGACGAGAACUACGACUGGGCCUCCUGCUUCUCUUGCGUCCGGCAUCCAGUGUGCAGCAGCAGCAGCAACAGCAGCAGCAGCAGCAGCAGCAUCGCUGCUAAGGCGAGGCAGCUGCUGCGAUAUGAAGGCCAACUGGUGCUGCAGCUCCUUUUGUGGGGAGCAGACUCCGUAACUGCGGUGUCUUUCGAGGCGUCGUUGCUACUGCCAGCAGCAGGGGGUCUUCUCGCUGCGCUGCAGCCGCUGCAGCAGCUGGAGCCAGCAGCGUGCAGCAGGUUGUCUGCUGCUGCAGUGCAUGUGCUUCUGCGGUGUACAGACGCUGUUCGCUGGAAGCUAAAGGAGAACAGCAGCACGAAGAGUGCCUUCUCAGCAGCAGCUGCUGCUGCGGACUCCGACGACCCUGCUGCUGCACUUGCAGCAGCAGCAGCAGCAAACGAAGACACUGAGACGACCAAACGGCUGCUGCUCCGCCGUUGGCGCUCAUCUGUCUCCUCUCCGAUUCAGCUGCUAAUGGGGUCUCCUCCUGGGGACGAAGCUGCUCUUAGCAGCAGCAGCAGUGGCAGCAGUAGCAGCGACAGCAGCAGCCCCACGAGCGACAGCAGCAGCAGCAGCAGCAGCAGCAGCAGGGGUAUGUGGGGCGUAGCGCUAGACCGCGUUCUGCUUCUGCUUUACGGCGGAAAGGAGACACCUCAGGCUGUGUUGGCUGCGUCAUCUUCUGCAGCAGCAACAGCAGCAACAGCAGCAGCAGCAGCAGGCAACACAGCAGCUUCACAGAGUGCUGCUGCUGCUGUCUCCUCCUACUUGAUAGAGACAGGCUGGACACUCGCAACGCGGUGCUGCUCUUUGCAAGCUAGACGACCGUACCCGUGCUGCUGUAGUGCAUGCAGCAGUAGCAGCAGCAGCAGCAGCAGCAGCAACUCCUGCAGCAGGGGCAGCGCAUGCAGCACGUGGUGCCUGCCAGUAACGUCGGAGAGUUUUGCUGCUGCAUCCGCUGCAGCUUUAAAUGCUGCGCAUCUCGCUGCUGCUGCAUCGCUGCCGCCUUCUGAAGCUGCUGCCAAGCCUGCAGCUGGAGGACCAGCAGCAGCAACAGCAGCAGCAGCAACAGCAGCAGCAGCGCAUGCAGCUUGUCUGUCUGAUCCUAGAUUGGUUGAGCUGCUGCUGGCAGAUCUGCAGCUGCUAAGGGGCAUUCUGCAUGCAUUUGCUGGAUGCCUAGCAGUCGUUAGCGACGUAGCGCAGCUUGCAGCAGCAGAUAGCAGCAGCAGCAGCAGCAGCAGCAGCAGAAGUCAGGGACAGUGCCUCUCGUCUUGGGUCGAAGAGAUGCAGUUGCUGCUGCAGCAGCCCUUAGUACAGCGCUUUGCCUGUGAGGCAGAGACACUUGCUGCGGGUCUGCUGCUGCUGCUGGAGGCUCUACACCAGCAGCUGCGCAUGCCGAAGCAGCAGCAGGAGCAGCAACAGGAACAGCAGCAGCAGGGGCAGCAGCAACAACAGCAGCAGCACCGAGACUUAAAGCCCUUCCUCCACUCAGCUGUGAACGCCACAGCCCCAACUCUACCUCAAGAUGAAAUUGCUGCAUGCGCUCUUGCUGCUUUAGAUGCUGCAGCAGCCUGCAGGAACUACAUCAGGAGCAUGCAGCAGCAGCAGCAGCAACAGCAGCAACAGCAGCAGCUGCAGCAGCUUUCUCUCCGCUGCGCUGUUGCUGCGCUGGCCAAUGCAGCAACAGCAAGAACGGCGCUGCUGGCGUUUGCACAUCUCGCUGUGUACCUGCAGCAACAGGAGUGCAGCUGCAGCAGCAGCAGCAACAGCAGCCGCAAGGCAGAUGAAAACAGCAGCAAGUGCUGCUUGUGGGCAGCAGCAGCAGAAACACUUGUUGGCUGCUGUGACGCAACCCCGUGGAGUUUGCAUGCAGUGCAGCAGCUACACGCAGCACUAGCAGCAGCCUCCGAACAGCAGCAGCAACAGCAGCAGCAGGGGUUUGGGGUUGUUCUCGCUACCGAUCUAGAGCAUUACCUGGAGCAGCAGCAGCAGCAGCAGCAGCAGCAGCAGCAGGAAGCCUGGGAGAAGACCCUCAACUCGGCGUUGUUUGUCUCUCCUUUUGAUCUCAUCGUAGGGGCCCCCCUGUGGGGUAUUUUGCUGCGCAACGCAGCAGACACAGCAGCAGCAGCAAGAGCGCAUGCAGCUGCUGCACUGACAAAACAGCUGCAGCGGCUGCUGCUGCAGCAGUCGGCUUCUCUCGGGUUUGCUGUGGCUCGCUUAGCGUCUCCCUCUUACUUAGUCGGGGGCUUGCUCCGCAGCCUGCAGCAGCAGCAGCAGCAGCAACAGCAGCAAGAACAGAAGGAGCAGCAGCAGCCCGAGCAGCAGCAGCAGCAGCAGCAGCAGCAGCAAUUGCAGAGGGAGCAGCAGCAGCAGCAGUCUCUGAACGGUGCGUUGCAGGCAAGGGCUGCUGCUCUGCCUCCUGCGUACAAUACAGAGUGGAGACUGUUGGAUUUGCUGCUGCUGCAGCCAUUGGGGCUUGCAUGCGUUGCGCCGCUGGCAGCAGCAGCAGCUGCAGCAGCAGAGACAGCAACGCCAGCAGCAGAUACAGCAGCGCAUGAGGAAGGCAGCCGGUGGAGAAGAACCUUACGAGCGGCUGCUGACUCUGCUGCUGCUGCGUCUGCUGCUGCUGCGUCUGCAGCUGCAGCAGCAAAAGAAGAAAUGGAGCCUAAGCCGGAUAUGCUACCAACCGAUGCUUUGAGAGCAGCAGCAGCAGCAACAGCAGCAGCAAAUCAAACUGCAGCGUACCUUUGCUGCUGCGAAUCCGCUCGCAGUUUUGCUACCCGGGGGGCGCUAGAGUUGCUGCAGCAGCUGCAGGCAUCAGCAGCACCCGAGCCGCAGCAGCUGCUGCUGUUGCUGCUGCUAAGCAGCCCGUUGCUGCCCCAGGCAGCACGUGAACAUGUGUGGGGCGACGAAGGGGCCCUGGUGGUUCUAGACAGAAACACAGUCUUGCUGCCUCCAGCAGCAGCAGCAGCAGCAGCGGGCGACAGCAGCAGCAGCAGCGACAGCAGCAGCAGCACGUGGGAAGCACUGCUGCGCUUCGCAGGCACCAUGAAGUGGGGUGUAUGUACACCUGAAAAUGAGUGGCUGUUUUGCUGCAGCGCAGCGGCCAACUGUCUGCUGCUGUCGAUAUUAUGGGGAGACAGCAGCAGUUGCUGCGAAGAGACACUGCAGCGGCAGCAGCGGAGCCACCUGCAGAGACAGCUGGGAACAAGCACGGGCCUGGUUUCUGCUGCAGCAGCAGCAGCAGCUGCAGCUGGGCUCAAAGCCUAA